AUGCCUGGUAGGGAGUCGUCAACCGCGCAGGCGAGUCUAGAGGGCUUCAGCAUCUCAUCGUCCUCCGCCUUCGUCGCCAUCUCCAACCCUGGUCUCGACGUUCAAACGUUCAAUAACGAUGUACACGCUCACAUUGUCGAGAUCUACACCUCGCUCAUCCGUGCUCGCUUCGAGGAGCUGUACAACAACCUCUUCCGAGUCUUCCCUAGUACCGCCUUCGAGCCCGGCGUCGAGAAGGUCCUCCGUGACUUCCAAGACAAGUUGACAAUAGCCAAGUCCACUAGAGCGGUUCAGCUCCCAUCCUGCGGUAUGGCCCGGGUCUUCCUCAAGGCGUGUGCAAGUUCAGCGCUGAGCAACAAGGCCAGGCUGCGCGGGCGGGUGGGUACACGAGCGAGGCGAGUGGGUGGGCAGGCCGACGAGCAGGCAAGCUGGCAAGCGGGUGCUGCGAGUGGACGAGCAGGAGAGCAGGAGAGCGUGCAAGCCGACGGGCGGAGCGUGGGCACGGGCGCGAGGGCGGGCGGGCAAGGCGGUGGACUGGCGGAUGGGUGGGUACAAGACGGACUGGCGGGCAGGCAGAUGGGCUCCUCUCCGAUUCACUCCCGCCAAACCCGUUCCCGCCGCGGCAGGCCUCUUGAACAAGCCAACACCGCUCGCACUGGGCCUCCACAAGCGGGACUCGUUCUCGUUCAGCUUCGCUCAGCCCACCGCCCGGUCCACGCCCGCCUCGCCAAGAAAGGCAAGGGAAAGGAAAAGGCGCACUCCGCCCUGCUCAUCCUAUCCACUACGAGCUCCACCUCGAGCUCAGACGCGAAGCCUGUCGUCUGCGAUCGGGUGGCCGCCGAAGACGAGUGCGCACUCGGACGGGACCCAGCUCAACCCGUCGCUCUUGUCACUCUCGCUCGCCCUCCAGAAGCCAAACAUGCCCAUGCACUCACGCCCUGGCACCAGCAUGGACUUCCAUCCCAAGGCUGUCGCGACGAGAGGCGGGUUGCUCUGCACUAG